GCGGUAUCGGUGCUGAGGUCGCGAAGCCGCCAUUUUGGAUGCCUGUCUCCUGCUACUGCCGCUUCCUCCGCUGCAGGGACCCGGCCCGAGGAUGCCAGCCCCCAUCAGACUGCGGGAGCUGAUCCGGACCAUCCGGACAGCACGAACCCAAGCAGAAGAGCGUGAAAUGAUUCAGAAAGAAUGUGCUGCCAUCCGGUCAUCCUUCAGGGAAGAGGAUAAUACAUACCGCUGCCGGAAUGUGGCAAAACUACUGUACAUGCACAUGUUGGGCUAUCCUGCGCAUUUUGGACAGUUGGAGUGCCUCAAACUUAUUGCCUCUCAGAAAUUCACAGACAAGCGCAUUGGGUACUUAGGUGCCAUGCUGCUACUGGAUGAGAGACAGGAUGUCCACCUUCUCAUGACCAACUGCAUCAAGAAUGACCUUAAUCACAGCACGCAGUAUGUGCAGGGGCUGGCACUCUGCACCCUCGGCUGCAUGGGCUCCUCUGAGAUGUGCAGAGACCUGGCAGGAGAAGUGGAGAAACUCCUCAAAACAUCCAACUCUUACCUAAGGAAAAAGGCAGCACUGUGUGCUGUGCAUGUUAUUAGGAAGGUGCCUGAACUCAUGGAGAUGUUCCUGCCAGCCACCAAAAACCUACUGAAUGAGAAGAACCAUGGUGUUCUUCACACAUCAGUUGUCCUCCUCACAGAGAUGUGUGAGAGAAGCCCAGACAUGUUAUCACACUUCAGAAAGAAUGAAAAGCUUGUACCCCAGUUAGUUCGUAUUCUAAAGAACCUUAUCAUGUCUGGAUAUUCACCAGAGCAUGACGUGUCUGGGAUCAGUGACCCCUUCCUGCAGGUGCGAAUCCUGCGGUUACUAAGAAUUCUGGGGCGAAAUGAUGAUGACUCAAGUGAAGCAAUGAAUGACAUACUUGCGCAGGUUGCCACUAAUACAGAAACAAGUAAAAACGUGGGUAACGCCAUCCUCUAUGAAACUGUAUUGACUAUUAUGGACAUCAAGUCUGAGAGUGGACUGCGAGUGUUAGCCAUUAACAUCCUAGGCCGUUUCUUGUUAAAUAACGACAAAAACAUUAGAUAUGUAGCUUUGACAUCUUUGUUGAAGACUGUGCAGACAGACCACAAUGCAGUACAGCGGCACAGAAGCACCAUUGUGGACUGCCUAAAAGAUCUGGAUGUCUCCAUUAAACGGCGUGCAAUGGAGCUGAGCUUUGCAUUAGUUAAUGGGAACAACAUCCGUGGAAUGAUGAAGGAACUUCUGUAUUUCCUGGAUUCCUGUGAGCCAGAGUUCAAGGCAGAUUGUGCCUCUGGAAUAUUUCUUGCAGCAGAGAAAUAUGCCCCUUCCAAACGCUGGCACAUAGACACAAUAAUGCGAGUCCUAACAACGGCAGGAAGUUAUGUUCGAGAUGAUGCUGUCCCCAACCUGAUCCAGCUGAUAACAAAUAGCAUGGAGAUGCAUGCCUAUACUGUACAGAAACUCUACAAAGCCAUCCUUGGUGACUACUCCCAGCAGCCCCUAGUGCAGGUGGCCUCUUGGUGUAUGGGAGAAUAUGGAGACCUCUUGAUAUCUGGUCAGUGUGAAGAGGAGGAGCCAGUUCAGGUAACGGAAGAGGAAGUACUCGAUAUUUUAGAAAGUGUCCUGAUAUCAAACAUGUCUGCAUCCGUUACACGAGGUUACGCUCUCACCGCCAUCAUGAAGCUUUCCACGAGGUUCACCUGCACUGUCAACCGCAUUAAGAAGGUUGUGUCCAUCUAUGGCAGCAGCAUUGAUGUGGAGCUCCAGCAGAGGGCAGUGGAGUACAAUGCACUUUUCAAGAAAUAUGAUCACAUGAGGUCAGCCCUACUUGAGAGAAUGCCAGUUAUGGAAAAGGUGACCACAAAUGGCCCCACUGAGAUUGUACAGACCAAUGGAGAGACAGAGCCAGCAGUGCUGGAAACCAAACCUCCCCCCUCUGGGCUGCAGCCCACCAGCCAGGCAAAUGACUUAUUGGACUUAUUGGGAGGAAAUGAUAUAACCCCAGUCAUUCCAACUGCCCCUACAAGCAAGCCAUCCUCUGCCGGUGGGGAGCUCCUUGACCUCCUGGGAGAUCUCAACCUAACAGCUUCUCCAGCCCCGGUCCCUGCCCCACAGAUAUCGCAGCCUCCGUUCCUGUUGGAUGGGCUCUCAUCACAGCCUCUCUUCAAUGAUAUUGCUGCUGGCAUCCCCUCCAUCACAGCAUACAGCAAGAAUGGGCUGAAGAUAGAGUUCACCUUUGAGAGAUCGAACACCAACCCCAGCGUCACCGUGAUCACGAUACAAGCCUCCAACAGCACAGAACUGGAUAUGACAGACUUUGUUUUCCAGGCUGCGGUACCAAAGACAUUCCAGCUGCAGCUUCUGUCUCCCAGCAGCAGCAGCAUCCCAGCAUUUAACACGGGGACCAUCACACAGGUCAUCAAAGUUCUGAACCCACAGAAGCAACAACUACGUAUGCGGAUCAAGUUGACCUAUAAUCACAAGGGCUCAGCAAUGCAGGAUCUAGCAGAAGUCAACAACUUCCCCCCUCAGUCGUGGCAGUGAGGCUCUGGCACCAUUCUUACUCACCCCACCCAAUCAAAGGAACUCUGGGAAGAAGGUUGAUCCCUGGCAAUCCCCCAAACUGCACCAUGGACCUGGGGAACGAUGAGACCUGCUGAUGAGGAGGAAUCUUCCGGAAGUGAUUGCUGAUUUUGAAGCAUAUCUGUUGAGACUAAUUUCCUCCCCUCCACUGAUGAGGCUUGCUGUUUGUGGAGUCUGCUCUGCACUCCCCCAUGCAUUCACAGCCGGAAGCAACAUUCCCCUUCCCCCCCAAGAAACAUGCAGCUCAUUUGGAAGAGAGGCCUGGAAUUGCUUGCAAGGAAACACUUUUUUCUCUCCUCCCCCCUCCUGCCCCUGUGCAGCAAGUGAGCAGCUGUCCCUUCCUUCUGCUGCCUUCUUUCCGUGGGGUGGGUAAGGUGGGUUUUGAGUCAUUACUAGCUGGGUUACCAUCUUCAGGCACUUUCAUCUGGGGUUUGGGGGAAAAGCUUCUCCAGGACCAUUAGGGAGCCCUGCCUUUUUUCUUUCGGUUUCCCCAAUGUGUGAAGAGGCUGUAGGCUCCUAGUGACCUAUUCUGUGCAUUGCUGUAUACACACAGACACCUUAGCGAUACGAUACCAACAGCAGGUCAGGGACAGAGCGCGGGAAAAGUGAUGCUGAUGAGAUCUGAUCCAGUUGAUUUGGUGCUAUAUUUGAACGUGAAGCCCUGACACUUCCAUUUCCUUCACUUUCCAUCAUUGGUUCCAGCCAUGCAGACUCACAAUAGCUCUUCUGUAGCUAUCUCGAAAGCAUCACAAUGGAUCAGAGACCUAGAGCUCCAACCUACACCAUGCCCAAAAUUUCAAAACUCUC